AGAAGGUCAUAUUGUUGCGAUUGUAACCUAUUGUGCCACACAAUUGACAGCAACAUGUCCACCAAUGAUUGGGCAGUUUUUUUGAUACCACGAAUUUGGCAUCAACCUAAAUGGACUGGUUAUAAUGACCCAUCAAAAUCUAUGUCAUGGAAAGUGCUAGAAACUGUUUGAAGCCACGUUAACACUGGAUUCGUUAGAUUCAGUAAGUAAAGACAGCGGCUUAGUGAAUGAUGGAUUGCAUAAUUGAAUUAUUACAUAUCAAAUAUUUUUAUUCAAUUUAGUUUGUCAAGAGGGAAGAAAUUCGUUUGAUAGCUGCGGUCAGAGAUGUAGCUGUGUGGGCGGGCGUUUGGUGGGCUGCGUCCGGAUAAGGAAAGAAUUCACAUCCAUGACAUUUGCUGAGCGAGAACGUCAUAUCAAUGUCAUAAGAACAGCUUCCACUGAUCCGAGUUUCAAGGCAGAUUAUGACGAACUAAUCAAUGAUCACAGAAUACUGUUCGUAUCUGGAAUUCACGAGUCCACACACUUCCUCACAUGGCAUCGAUAUUUUAUGCUGCUCUACGAAAACCUCCUUCGCCGGGUCGACUGCAACUUUACCGUAGCAUACUGGGAUUGGAGUCUAGUUUCCAGUGAUCCCUUCAGCACGGCAAAUCGUGAAGAUCUUUGGCACAGUGCAAACACUGGUUUUGGCGGAGAUGGUGUCGAUCCGACGGGCUGUGUCCAGACUGGUCCUUUCAGAGAGGACGAAUGGAGUCUCGUGCCACUUCCGGCGGGAUCUCCACCAGAACCUGGACGACGCUGUUUGUCACGGAUGUUCAAUGGGAACCCUCCUGAUUCAGUCGCAGUGGAAGAGGUCUUGCGAAAAUCGGCAGAUGACUUUUCUGAUUUUGAGCUCAUGCUCAGAAUCAAUCUCCAUGACGUGGUCCAUUGCGUAAUUGAUGGAACCAUGUGCUCGAUAGAUUCCGCAUCCGCUCCAGAGUUUUUUCUUCAUCACGGCUUCAUCGACAAAAUAUGGGACGACUGGCAGAAGAAAAGUGACGCUCAUAAAAAUGCCUUCUUUCCUUCCGUCGAUGGGUUUAUGCCGGGUACCCAAGUUCGCCCUGUAGAUGUGAUUGACCUUUCUUCGCAGCCAGGAGGAGUUCGAGUUGAGUAUCAACCUCCUAAGGGAGCUGCCAGUGUGGUACCGCUUCUAAGAGGACUGAGUUUGACCAGAUUGCAGCAUAUCCGACGCAGGCGUUUCUCUGGCCUAAGAGAUAAAGCGAUCAGACUUUUUCGACUGAAGCCAUCGGAAGUGAGGAGAGCCAAGCAGUUGGAAAAGUUGCUUCAGCCAUUGAGUUCUUAGAUCAUGCAAGUGGAGACAGACAUUUGUCGCAAUUAUUUUCAAGAAACUACGAUUUAUUAAUACAUAAAACCAUCGAUCAUGAUCGCAUUUGUAAAUUAAGACGUAAUCGUAAUUCAUUUACGCUACGCAUAUAAUAUAUAGAAAUAUUACAAAAUGCUUGGCCGACAUAACUUUCGUGUCAUGUAUUGCAUGUUAUACUUUUAAUGAAUUCGGAUCUUAGAUCUUUAUAUUUUAAUUUUGUUUACUUCCCUAGCUGUUGUCAGAGCAUCGAUAAAACCAAAACCUUCGUAA